UCUUCCACGCCGGAGAAACUCAAGGCGGACCCAGGCCUGUCCCACCCAGUGAAGUACAGGGCAGGCUCAUGCAAGGGCUACCUGUUUGCCAAGGAUAACGAGGUGCUGGCUCGCUGGCAUGAUGGCCGCUUCUACCUGGGCACCAUACUCAAGAUUGAUGAGAACCACCAGAAGUGCCUGCUGCGCUAUGAAGACAGGUCCGAGUACUGGUCGCUCUUCAAGGACAUUCACAGAGUGCUAAAGGAUGAAGAGAUGAUCUGCUGUGUCUGCCUUGGAGAACAUUCAGAGAAACCCAACGAGAUAGUCUUCUGUGAAUAUUGCCUGCAGGGAUACCACCAGCAAUGCCACAGUCCCAUGAUUGAUGGGUCCAAGACUAUGGAUCCAGAUGACCCCUGGUUCUGUCGACAGUGUGUCUUCCUGCGCACUGUACAGCCCGGCGGGGCAAUGAAAACUGGGAAAUGGGCGGAGGAGCUGCGCCGUGUGAAGCUGGAGUUACCGUACGACCUGCAGGCCCUGUCCUGGGACUCCCAGCACAAGAACAAUCUGGAGGAGAGCUACUGCUACUGUGGCUCCCCGGGCAUUUGGUAUCAGAAGAUGUUACAGUGUUGCAGGUGCAAACAGUGGUUCCAUGAAGCAUGUAUGCAGUGCCUGGAUUAUCCUCUGCUGUUCUCAGACACGUUCUACAUCUUUGUGUGUUCUCCAUGCAACUAUGGAUCCGAGUACAUCAAGCGACUCGAUGUAGAGUGGCUGGACAUUAUCCACAUCUGCCUGUUCAACCUGUCGGUGGUGCACCGCCGCAAGUACCACGACCUUGAGACAGAGAUCAUGCCUUGGCUGGACGAGAACUGGGAGGCCCUGCAGAUCACACAGUAUGAUGAAAUGCCAGACCUUGAGAAACUCAAAAUACUGCAAAAGACCCUAAAAGAAAAUAAAAAUAGGUUCACCAGCGGAUCAGAAAUAAGGAAGCGCGUAAAUAUCUGGGGACUACGUGUGAAGGUUCCCCCUCCCCGCAUCCACGUUACGUUGCCUAGCAACGAAAAGGUCACUGACCAGAUGAUGAAAAAGCACAAGAUCAAAGGUCGAAGGUCAAAGAUCUUCUAUGUGGAGAACAAGUCCCCAGUGAACAAACUGACACAAAGUCCCGCCCAUCGGGAUCUCAAGAAGAAGUUUGACUUUGAUCAGGAACACGAACGUGACCCUCACUCUGUGGCUGUCAAGCAGGAAGUCUCCAAGUUGCCGCUGGAAACUCCCCUCUUUCUUCUGAACAGACUUAUACCCUUGACUGACUGCUACACGUCUGAUGCCAACCCAUUUAUCCUGGAAGUCGAGGGGAUAGAGCUGAAAAAACGGGAAAGUGCCAAAUCGAAAAUCUGGUGCAAGUACCAGAGUCCAAUACAGGGCAGAGCUGGAUCUGAUGAUGGACUCGAUCCGGAAGACGGUCCCCCUGUUUUAGAGAAGAUGGAACCGGUUGUACCAAGCGCUUGUAACGGGACACCACCGAUGCCUGAAAUCAAGGACAAGCCGUCGACUGUUGCCCUGCCUCUGCAGCCAAAGGCCCUGUUGGAUGUGCAGGGUACCAGCGAAGAAGAAAAACGCAAGACAAGGGCGCGUAAAUCUCGAUCGAGACAGAGCAUCACGCCAGAUUUGACAGACUCAGAGAAAGCUGCGGCAGAGGAAAGCGAUAUAACUGUGAAGCAGCUACGGGAGUACAAGAACUACUUCUGCUCCUUCAGUAAGAAGACUGGUUAUGAGAAUGGGUUUUUUGUCUGCGGGAAGCGGUACAAUAAGGAUGGGCUUGUGGAUUACUUGGUUACGUGGGACCAUUAGGUUUGGGUUUGAAUGUGUUCCAUUCAUCGGAUAAUUGCAAAUUACAGUAAGGAUGUUUACUAGAGAAGUUUGACCAUGUGUGGGUGAUUUUUUUUUAUAAUGUAUGACUGAUGGGUACGAGCCUUGCUCGGGGGAAAAGGGCUUAAUGCAUGUGCAUAGUGUGUCUUCCCAGAUUAGCCUGUGCAGUUUGCACAGGCUUAGCAUGGACGACACUUUCCGCACAGACUGAAUUUUGGUUAAGAAGAUACUUCAUUUAACUGAAAACUUCCAUACAAAAUGGAAAGUGUCGUGCCUGGUUAGCCUGUGCUUACUUUAUUAAGCCCUCUUUUUCAAGAGAGAGUCUAAUAUGUAUUUUGAAACUGUGCUUUACUUAUUCUGAUACUGAAUAGAGUCAGGUUUUGGUUGGGUUACUGUUGAAUUUUUAUUAUUGUUCGUUUUUCAGCAUUUAUAUUGUAAAUAAGCUCAAAGUUAAUAUAGUGAAAAUGUCUGUUGGAGUUUAUUUGGCAUUUUGAUAUUUUAAGCAAAGAUUUAUGAGAAAAAUACUUGGAAUAUACAAUUUGUUGGUAAGAAUUCUCUCUUAUCUUUGCAGAUUAGCAGUCAAGUUUUGAUAUACAAUAGAAUGAGCCAGAUUGUACUGUUGUACAUUGUUAAAACUUAAGAGGUGUUCUUGUUUAGUAAAUAAGUUUGUUUUCUAUGCUAGAAAUAACUUCUACAAAGUUGUAACAAACAUCAAUAGGUAGUUUUGAAGUACAUCAGAAUUGUGAGAUUGAACACUACUGUAUGGUCAUUUAUUUAACCAGUUUCUAAAACAUACUUGUUUUUCUGUUUUUACUGAUAUUCGCUUUUUUGUUAAAAAAAAUACGUGUAAUCUAGUGGAUUAUGCAAUUGUUUGCAGUUAUUUACAACUGAAAUAUAUUGUGUUUAUUGGUGUACUCAAAACUUAAUUGACAUGCCAUAGCUAAUCAAUUGUAUGAAAUAUAAAACUGCAAGCAGAUACUAAAGAUUAUUUGUAAUCAUACAAUCAUAGUGUGUAAUUUCAUUUACAGCAUAAAUAUUUGAUGAAAUAUGCCAUGGUAUCAAAUUUCUUUGAUUUGUUACUCAACGCAUGAACAGAUACAUCUUAAACAUGGGCAUUGACGAGAUUUAACAUGUGUUUGUACCAAUGUGCUUGUUAUUAUAUUCUUGUAUUUUAUUUUUUUCAUUCUCUAACUUGGUAACUGUAUAUAAGAAAGUUGCGAAUAUGUUGUUUUGUUCAGAUAAGUGUAAAGAAUGAGUCUGUGAACUUGUAUAAAUCUUAUAUGUAUCUGCGAUUUUUAUCUGAUUUGAAUUUCAUUGCAAGUUAGAUUCUUAAAAAAAAGUUGUUGAUAAUUGUAAAGUGCUUACCGGUAUAUGAUAUUUUUUUCAUAACAUGGUUAUCAAUCGUGAGAGAUUUGGUCCAAUUUUAUUAUUUAUGAUAAUUUUUAAGGUGACCUGAGCAAGACAUGCUCAUGCUCAGCUUUUGCAAUCACCUUUUGUCUGUCCUGUGUCAUCAUGUGAACCCUCUUGAGACCACAUCCAUUGCCAGAUCUUUAUGAAACUUGGUGAGAACAUUUGUCCCUUUGAAAUCUUAGGCGAAUGUAAAAUUGGGUCAUAUGGGGUUUAAAACUAGGUCAAAUUAAAUAAAAAGCUUGUGAACAGACUAGAGGCCAUAGUUAUUGCCAAAUCUUUAUAAAACUUGUCAGAAAACUUGUCCUUUUGAAAAUCGCCGCUGAGUUCGGACUUAGGUCAUAUGCUCAGAAUAUUAUUAUUUUUUUGUUAUUAUGAUAUCAAGGCUAAGUUUGAAAAUGAUUGUGGUUGUAAUGGCUUGCCAUUGUUUGGGGCAUUUUUUCAAACCUUGUGAGCGCCUUAGGGCUUUUCGCCUUCCUUUUUUCAUUGACAUGCUUUUGAGGAUUCAUAUCUUUAGUAAUAAGAUUUCUAUACAAAUUGCCUAUUGCCAAUAUUAUACAAUAAAAAUAGUGAUGUUUCGUGUAGUACUAAAACGUUUCAUGUAGUACUUAAACUUCCUUAUUAGUUAAAGAUAGCUAAAAAAUUUGCUUCGCCAAAAGAGAAGCCUGCGACAAUUGUUUGAAAUUGAACUAUAUUUUACUAGAAAAAGCUUUAAAAGCUAAUGUUGUUCAUAUUGCAAUUUAAUGUGCAAACAAUUUAUUGUAACAAAAUAAUGUAAUUUUUAAUGAAAAUAAUAUGUAAAAUAAGCAUACAUGUAUACUAUUUUGUACUGUAAAAUAAAAUAUUAAAUUAUAAUACAAAUGAAUGGAAUCAGCGACUGAAGUCAGUGAACACAGUUGACACAUUUUUAGCUCCACUGGCCAGAGGUCAGCGGGGCUUAUGUCAUGGUCCUGUGUCCGUCGUGCGCGAGUCUGUGCGUUAACUUUUCUUUAAAUAUCUCCUAAACUACUGGUCCAAUUCUGAUGAAAUUUCUCAGGAAUGUUCCUGGGGUGAACCUCUUUCAAGUUUCUUCGAAUUAUGCUCCUGGGGUCAAAUUUGACCCUGCCCUGGGGGUCACAAAAUUGAACAUAUGCUUAAAUAAGGCCUAUUUUGUGCAAACUUUAAAAAUUGUCUUGUCCAUAUCCGUAUGGCAUAGGGCUACCAAAUUUGGUAUGUAGUGACAUCUAAUAGUCCUCUAACAAGUUUGUUCAAAUUAAGCCCCUGGGAUCGCCUAUUUCUACCAAAUUUGGUAUGUAGUGACAUCUAAUAGUUCUCUACUUAGUUUGUUCAAAUUAUGCCCCUGGGGACAAAUUUGACCCUGCCCCAGGGGUCACAAAAAUGAACAUAUGCUUAAAUAAGGCCUAUUUUGUGCAAACUUUAUAAAUCUUCUUGUUCAUAAUUAUAGAGCCUAGGGCUACUAAAUUUGGUAUGUAGUGACAUCUAAUAGUCCUUUACCAAAUUUGUUCAAAUUAUUCCCCUUUGCUCAAAUUUGACCCUGCCUCGGGGGUCACAAAACUGAUUGAUUUUUACCAGGGGAGAUUAAUUUGGCUGUGUGGCUGUGACAAACAACAACAACAACAUCUUGUAAACAUGACAUAAAACCCUGUCAUUUAGUGCCAUUUAAGAUCAGAUGACUGCUUACAAAGGACCAUAUAAAAAUAUUUCGGAUGACAUGUUAAUAUCAUGUCCUUUUUUUGUAGUGUUUAAACCAGUUUAAUGAUAUCUUAUUGAUUUCAAAAAAACAACUUCCAUGAACAUAAUUAUUUCAAGAAAAGUCAAUAUAUGAUACUGCAUGGUAAACUCAAACUUUGUAUCCAAGAGAAGGUGUUGAAAUUAAUGAAGUGCAAUGUUCUUAACUAACGUAUAGGCUGCUUUUUAAUUACUAAUGAUUCAUUGUUCCAUUUGUGAAUCGUGACUCGUGAAUUGUGGAUAUGAUUGUCAAUUGCUCAACGAUCAAUAUAUAUUUCUGACCAUUUUAUAAUUUUUUUAAUAUAAGUUAUGAAUUGAUCUUAGAAGUCAAAUGUAUUACUUAAUUAAAUACAUUUAUAAAUAUAAAGAAAUAAUCUUUAGAUUAUCAUAAUAUUCUCAGGCCUGUUGGUCUUGGGAAUGUGUGGGUUGUUAAUUAUAUUUUGAGAUGAUUGUUUACAAAGAAAGAUGCUACUAUUGUAUUUGUUAUAAAUGUGUGAAAGGCUCUAAGAAGGAACCAGAGAUUAUUAACCCUUUACCAAACACUUACAGGAUUUUACGGGUUUGUAGCUGAGCAAUUUCUCCUUUAAUCACAAUUAUUUCUACCCUGAUAAUUUCCUUCAUAUUCCAUUACAAUUUAAUUGUCAUCUGUAAUCUCUUUCAAAUUGGGAAUGUCCAAAAUGUGUCGUUUGGUAAAGGGUUAAGGCAUUUUGAUUCAUAUGGGUCUUGUGAAUCUGUUUCAAAUCAAAUGCGUAGAUUUGAUCUUCAGAAUCUAAAAAUAUGUGAAAUAGAAAGAACGAAAAAUAUCUUUUGGAAAGAUAAAUGUACCUACGUUAUAAGCAAAGAACCUGUGCGACAAUACCUGGGCUUUUUAGUCUGUUUAGUUAACACCGUAGUAAGGUUUAUCAUAUAUAAAAAUGCUCACCCUUCCAACUUUAAGCGCCCAGUGGGACGAGGGAUAGAAGAGUACAUGCUUGAGUACAUUUCAACCCAUGCAUAUUGCACGUUUUUUUAGCAUUAAAAAAACAUUAGAGCGAUACAGGGCCAUCAUGGCCCUCUUGUUAAAGAUUAGUGUCAGUUCAUUCACAUUUGGCCAGCAAAGUAAAAAGUGACAGUCGUUCCUUCUGAAUCCAUCUACUUGAAUGUUCUGUUCCUGAUACUUUAAAGGGCAAAGUGUUUCCUAUGUGACUAUAGCAGUUAGAAUGAUGGUGUAGCAUUUGAACUUGAAACAUUCCGUCAACACUAGUUAACAUAAACAACAGAUAUUGGAUGAAAAGAAUGAAGUAAAGUUGAGAAUUAGUUUAAACGUAAAAUAGUAAUAUCAGAUGUAAGAACACGUUCUUAUAAAUAAAUUCAAACGAAGGCUUCUUCGUUUUUGAAAAAAUUUCGUUGCUCUGUUGGUCAUUCCAUGUUAAUUCAUUGAGUUCAAAUUAUGUAACUUAAAAAAGCUCAAAUGAAGUUCAUGGCUUUCUUUCAGUAUGUAUUUACCAUUUGCAUUAGGUUACUUAUUUAUAAGAAAGUUAAACAAAGAUUCAGGCAAGUGGGUAAUUGUGAAUAUUGGUUGUUAACACUUAUUUUAUGAAUCAAAAUCAUAUAUUGUGUAACCACUCUUCUUGUUUUGGUGAUGGCAAGAUAAAAAAAGAGCUCUGGGAAAACAGGGCUUAAUUCAUGUGCUGAAAGUGUUGUCCAGAGAUUAGCCUGUGCAGUCCUCACAGGCUAAUCAGGGAAGUCUCUUUCUGCCUAGACUGGAUUUUCAGUUUGAAGAGACUUCCUUUCAAGGAAACAUUUCAUUAAAGCAGAAAGUGUUGUUCCUGAUUAGCCUGUGGGGAUUGCAGUGGCUAAUUGGGAAAACACUUAACGCCCAUGCAUUAAGCCCAUUUUUCACAGAAUGGGGCUCAAAUACUCAAAAAAUAAUAUCAUACAUAUGGAACAUGCAUAUUCUGUCUAUAAAAGACAUCCAAAGUCUUUGCCUUGUGAACUUUUUGUGGUUUUAUUACAAGUGUGUUCAAAGUUGUAUUGUGUACAAGACUUACAAUUCCUCUGUUGUAACUUUUAAGAUUGCACAGUAUUUUUGCAUUACUGAUUAGUGUAAAUAAAUGUUGCCACAUGUUUUGUUGAUUCAUCUUGAAAUGUCUAAUCCAAUAUUCUGUCUGUGAAUAAAAUGUUUUCUGUACAUUUA